AUGGACGACGACAGUAAGGAGGUCUACGAUGAACCGAAGGUCGCGGACGUCGAGUCCGAAGCCAACACCUCCACAGAGAGUAGUCUACUGGGGUGCCAUCUUACACUAAUCCUGGUCUUUGAUAGUAUCGGAGGUGUGCUUGGAACUGGUCUUUUCCUUAGCACAGGGAAUGCUCUCUAUAAUGGUGGUCCUGUGGGUCUUCUUCUGGGUUAUGCGACGAUUGGGUCGCUGUGUUAUUUCACCAUGGUAUCAUUGGGAGAGAUGGCAGCAUUCCUUCCCAUCCCUGGUGGUCAUAUCACAUUUGCGGAGCGUUUUGUAGACCCUGCAUGGUCGUUUGCCCAAGGAUGGCUGUAUUGGUACAACUGGACGAUCAUUUUCCCCGCUGAACUUAGCGCCGCGGCUGUGUUGAUAAAUUACUGGGACCAAUCAACAAACAAUGGCGUCUGGAUAACCAUGUGUCUUGCUGUAGUCGUACUCAUCAACAUGUUUGGUGUUGCGCUCAGCAAAUCCCCACGCACAUAUUAUAUCAAUGAUUCGCUGACCAAAUUCGCGCGCGCAUCAGGUGUCUAUGGCGAGGCUGAGUUCAUCUUCGCGUCCAUCAAAGUAUUUACCAUCACUGGCUUGAUCAUCCUCGGAAUUGUUAUUGACCUCGGCGGUGGUCCGAAUCAUGACCGCAUCGGCUUUCGUUACUGGAAGCACCCUGGGCCAUUUGCACAGUACAAUGGCAUUCCAGGCGCCACUGGCCGCUUCCUUGCCUGGUGGUCUGUCAUGACUCAAGCUGCCUUCGCGUUCAUCGGGACAGAGGUCGUUGCUAUUGCUGGCGCGGAGGCAAAAAAUCCACGCCGGAAUAUACCUAAGGCAAUUCGGAACGUGUACAUCCGUCUCCUGCUGUUCUACAUUGGCGGUGUUAUCAUUAUCGGGUUGCUCGUGCCACACACCAACCCCAAUCUCAGCCUCACCACUGGGACCGUCGCGGCCUCGCCGUUCGUGAUCGCAAUCGAGACCGCCGGAAUCAAAGGUCUCCCUUCUCUCAUCAAUGCCUGCAUACUGACGUCGGCAUGGUCCGCCGGGAACAGUGACCUAUACUGCAGCUCGCGUGCCCUUUAUAGUCUUGCAAUCAAUGGAAACGCACCAAAAUUCUUCGCCAGAGUUGACAGGCGUGGGCUGCCUUUCAUGGGUCUCAUCGUGAACGCGGCUCUCGGCGCUCUUGCAUACAUGGACAUUAGUAAUGGCAGUGGCAGGGUAUUUGGAUGGUUUGCAAACAUGACGGCUAUCGCCGGGCUAUCUAGCUGGUUCGCUAUCGCAAUCACAUACAUUCGAUUCCGUAAGGGCCUCGAAGCACAGGGCAUCUCCCGGGAGUCCCUCCCCUAUCGUGCCCCCUUCCAGCCAUUCGCGGCGUACUAUUCUGCGAUCUUGUGCUUCACCGUUUGUUUUUUCAGCGGGUUCUCCGUGUUCCUCAAGGGAGGAUGGAACACGGGGACGUUCGUGACAAAUUACCUCCCUAUGAUCAUGUUCCCGGUACUGUACCUAGGGAAGCGUUUCUGGUGUGGCAUCAGACUUGUCCGCCCAGAGGAUAUGGAUUUCAAAACAGGCCUAAGCGAGGUGCUUGCUGCAUCUUACGAAGAGCCCCCACCACGAAAUUGGGUCGAGCGUAUAUGGACCACACUUGUGCGUACUGCGUGA